AUGGUCAGUCCCCGGAAUCGCCGGAUUGUUCGUGAGGAGUCCGAGAGCGAGAAGGAGAGUGUUGGAGCUCCUCAAAUAUCUCCUCGCAAACGACCACUAGUUGUGGACGACUCCGAUUCGGGAUCUGACGAUGUUUCACCCACAACAACACACAAAAGAGUGCGUCGCGUGGUCCUGGACGACGACGACGACGAUGAAGAGGACAACGCGAGCGACCCGUCUAAUCUCCCAGCUACAUCUCAGCCACCAGAGAAGGGCAGAGACCACGAGUUACUUUUGAGCAGCCUCGCGGCAAGCCAGAAAGCAUCCCCAUCUAAGCUACCGACUCUACCUGCUGAAGUCCUUUUGACCGUCCUUGACAACGCCGACCCAGCGGACAUCGUGGACCACCGGCUCGUAUGCAAAGCCUUCAAAGAAGUGAUUGACACGUCCGUGCUUUAUUAUCACAUCCAACGUGUGGAGUUGAUCGGCUAUCUCGGACCGAAAGAAGGUCAACUCAUGGAGCAGCUGAAUGUGCAAGAUUACUGGGACUUGGCAUUUGUCAACGCGACUUUCGAACGUCUAGAUGAGCGCGUGGGCAACCAAGCCGUAUGGGAUCCACAAAAUGCGUACUUUCGUAUCAAGGAGUCCUGGUAUGACACGUUUGUCCGCAGUGUCGGCGAGAUUGAACCCGACAAUCCGUGGUGGCACCAUACCGUACAAUGUCUUGAUUUACGAAAGCCAUCUUCAGUGCACGGGCAGCUACGUUGGUGUGUCAAAGUAGGCCCAACGGUUGUGGAUUUUGGCAUGGCAGACGAGCAAGACGUGGAUAUUGAACUGGUGGAGCGCGAAGACGAAGACACCAUCAUUGUCCGGGUUACGAAUUGGAAGCGUAUGCUGAAGAAUGUCUUUCGAGAAGAACGAGCUCUGAACCUGUUACUCAAAGACACCGAAGAAGACGAAUUUACAUACAGCCAUCUAGAGGACGGCCUUCGAGACAUGCGACACAUUUGGAAGAUGGACAACAUGACCCCAUUAUGGGGCAAAUACUCUUCGAUGACCGUUAUCCGGGACUACGAAGAUGUGGAACUUGCCGAGCGCAAUGCUGCUCAAACCCUCAUGCUCUUGCGAAGAGAAGCUUCUAUGUCAUCUCGGGAACGAGAUGCAUUGUACACAAUGAAAGAGGAAAGAGCUAUAAUGCACAGGGAAGUGGCGGAGGUCGACGAGCAAUUCAAGAAAUGGCAGGAGAGCUUGCUCGGGUUACCAAAUCUAAGCCUUGGUCGUAUCGAAAUCGAUCAUGACGUUGAUCCCAAUCCGAUGACUUGGUCCAAGGAAGUCGUGGAUCGCGAGAGCCAGAACCUGAUAAGGUGGAAGGCUCAGAAGCAAACCAUCGCGCAUAUCAAAGCCUACCUGGAUGCUACGAACGCCGCAGCCACCUUAGCCGAGGACGACCUCGAUGACGAAGACGAAGACUUCUGA